UAAGGAAGGGGGAGGAGCCGGGGUUUGCCGGCUGCCCUCAUCACCUCCAUCUUCUCCGCCGACACAAGUGAUGAAUUGCGGGGCAGCAGAAGCCAAAUGACCGCGAUCCACUCAUACGUGACGCGGAUCCACUCGGACGACGAGAAGAAGGCGGAUAAAUAAAUGCUGCCUUGCUCGUCAGCGCCGGCCAUGGAGGGGGACAAGGACGCGCACGUGCACGCGCAGUGCAGCAGGCUGACAGAGGAGAGAAACGAGGCAGAGAGACAACUGAAACACAUCAAGAGAGUGUCACAGAUGGUCAUCGAGGAAGUGAGCGUCCUGCAGACUCAGCUGGAGAUCGAGAAGUCGUGUCGGGAGAACGCCGAGGCGCUCGCCACAAAGCUGAACUGCCAGAACAGGAAGUUGAAGUACCUGAGCUUGUCGUCGCGACCAUGUUUGGACGAGCUUCUCCCCAGCAUCGCCGACUGCAUCGCCAUGGAAACGGAGGCCGAGCCGGCGGAGGAGGGCCCCGACACCUUUGCGCAGUACCAGCAACAGGUCAAAGAGCUGAGGGAGGCGGUGAGCAGCUUGUUGGAGGAGAAGAAGAACUUCCUGUGUCAAAUCAAUGAGCAGCAGAGAAGGAUGGAGGAGUUGACCACUCAGGCGCAGCGAGAUGAGAACCGAAUGAAGGAACUUGGUGACGCCGUAGAACAACAACGUCAAACCAUCAAGAGGUUCCACAGAGUGUCCUUGAUGGCCACUGAGGAGUACGAGGGCAUGAAGGAGCAGCUGGACUUGGAGCAGAACCUUCGAGUCCGAGCGGAGACGUACGCACACGAGAUGUUGGUGAAGCAGAAGGAGGCCAGGCGCCAGAGCACGCUCCUCCUGCAGAGCGCGGAGCCCACCGUGCAGCUGCUGGGCGCCCUGGAGGAGGUGGCCGCCAUCACCAAAACCUUGGAGGAGCAGCGACUGCAGCAUCAGCAGACGGUGCGAGACCUGGAGGCCCAGCUGGACGGCAGCAGCAUGCAGAAUGAGAUGAAGGCUCUGCAGAGACAGGUGGAGCUGCUGGAGGACGAGAAGAAGGACAUGCAGGAACGACUGGAGCAGGCGGAGAAGGACAAGCUGCACCUGCACCACCAGCUUCACCAGCUGCAAAAUGUCGCCGUGACUACCGACGCACCUCCAACACCACCUCCUCCCCCUCCUACCCCGGCACCUGGCGUGGCCCAGCCCCCUGCGCCUCUCCCCCAGCCGCCGCCGCCUCCUCCCCCACCACCUCCCCCUCCUCCACCGCCCCCAUCGAGAUGCAACCCUCUCAGUUCUCUCAUCGCCAUCAUGAGGAAGACGUCCAAAGGUUCCAAAGCAUCUUUGAAGGCGGAGCAGCCGCCAGCGUCGGAGGGCGCGGAGGAGGUGAAGGUGAAGGCCGUCAACGAGAUGAUGGAGCGCAUCAAGCACGGCGUGGUCCUGCGGCCCGUCAAGACUCAGGACACCAAGAGAGUUGCGGUCAAACAACCUCCAGCCAGCGAGGACAAAGCUCAGGAGAGCGCCAUGGACGAGCUGAAAGGCAUCCUGGUAAAACACCAAACCCCCCCAGUUGUUGUGGGACUCCAACCGGCAGCCAUGUUUGAACCUCAGGAGACGGUGAAGAGGAGUCCAAGUCGAGGCUCACAGGAGGCGGCGCCCUUGCCAACGGGGAAGAAGGACAGCGAGCUGGAAGUCAUCCUCAGACGCCGCCGCAACAAAGCAGGAGCGAGCGCUUGUGACGAGCGCGACGACGGUCAAAUGAGUCACGUGUCGUCAUGCGACAGCUUGAACGGGCGGCGCACCAGCUGCGACUCCGGGAAGGAUCCGGACGGGUCCAGCACACCAUCCAACCCCCGGCCGGACUACGAGAGGCGGGGCUCGGGGCCGGGACCCCUGGUGGCCAGGAGGAGGAGCUCCGACAAAGAGCCCCGCGUGGUGUCCUGGCAGGAGAGGAGGUCCGCGUGCUCCGUGUCCGACAAAGACCCCAUAGACUCGCCAGUCGGGAACGGCUGUGACCUCAGGUGGACCACCACAGCGUGUCAAUCAUUAACCGUCGGCGAGGACAAAAGUGCCACAAAGACGCCCGUCCGCUCCAACGGCGUCCACAACGACAACGAGCACGGCGAUGACGCGAGUGCCGCCAUCUUGGUUGGCGACGGCAACGACAGCAGCAGCGAGGUCGGGCUGUGAGUGUGGGCGUGGUCAAUAUGACGUCACAAACCAUGCACACACAUAAAUAAUAACACAUUUUAAACACUGAAAAAGUAACUUAGGUCACAUGACUGACAUGUGGCGCACGUAUACAUGCUGAGGCCCUCGUGGACUGUACUCAUCUUCCAGAACAAUCAGGGCUUGUUUUUUAAAUGAAAGACAACACAAUGCUGCCACCUGCUGGCCUUUGGGAAUAAUGCUGGUUUAAAAGAGGCGGUCCCUAAAGUCUGGACAUACAAUACUCCCAUUCCCAUUCGAUCAAAUCGAUUAUUUGUAGGGAUGUCCGAUAAUGGCUUUUUGCCGAUACCCGAUAUGCUGAUAUUGUCCAACUCUUUAAUUACCGAUACCGAUAUCAACCGAUACCGAUAUCAACCGAUAUAUGCAGUCGUGGAAUUAACACAUUAUUAUGCCUAAUUUGGACAACCAGGUAUGGUGAAGACAAGGUACUUUUUU